AUGGUUGUCUGUGUCUAUGUGUCAGCCCUGUGAUGACCUGGCGACUUGUCCAGGGUGUACCCCGUCUUUCGCCCGUAGUCAGCUAGGAUAGGCUCCAGCUUGCCCAAGACCCUGUAGAACAGGAUAAAGUGGCUAGAGAUGAUGAGAUGAGAUAUGCACUUUGACCUGUGGGGAGAACAUGGAAACUCCACACAGAAAGGCCCCUGCUGGGCUCGAACCCAGAACCUUCUUGUUGUGAGGCUUACACCGCCCAAGACUUGGCAAAUUUUUGCAAACUAGCCUCCAAAUAUACACAAAUACCGCCUGACAAAGACUUUUCCCCUAACCCGAAUCAGAGAAAGGAAAGGAAAGGGUUAAAACUGGUGGCGCUCUUCCACUCCCUUGAAUCUCUGGGCUUUUUUUUUUAAACCAGGAGUUCUCUCUCUCUCGAGCGGCAUCAACAGAAGAUGUUGUUGCCUGAUUUUUCAGGAUGAUCUGCAACAUCUGACCCAGACAUCAAAACAUCCUAAAUUAUGGAAAGGACCAACAAUACUAACGGAUGUUUACUGCAAUAGAAACCGAAACCUUUUCAAGAAGAUUUCUGUUGUUUUUUUUCUGCAAGUUUUAAUCAUGCGGUGCUCGGAUAUCAUCAGCAGACCCGCCGUGAUUGUGCUCUGUCUUUUAGGAUGCAAUAUCUGGAAAGCAUUAACAGAAGCUUUGCGGGAAGACAGCGACGCUAAAGAAGUGGCUUUGAAGGUCCACCUGAGUGACGCCAGCACUCGCCAGCCGCUCUCUGACGCCACGGUGGAAGUCUUCGCCAAUCACACCCCUGUCGCUAAGGAGACCUCCAGCAGCGACGGCAACAUCUUCAUCAGGUUCCCAUAUCGCCUGGGUGACCUGCUCGUCAUCACAGCUACCAAGCAAGGCUAUGUCCCUAGCUCCGCCCCUUGGAGACCAGCCAGGCUGCCUGUCUUUUCAUCAUUGAGCCUGGAUCUGCUUCCUGAGAGAGCUGCUACUUUAAUGGUGUAUGAUGACAUGGUUCAAAUUGUGUCUGGAUACCAAGGAUCGAGGCUUCAGCCGUGGGUUCAGUUCCAGAGGCGAGCUCUGAGUCUUCCUCCUAACGCCACCUACACCAACCUAACCGCCUUCCUCACUGUGACCCACUCGGGGCAGAACACACAGCACUUCCCGUACCUGCAGGGCCUCGGUUCGAACAGCACAGGCAGCGACCGCAGGUUUGAGCUGACCCCAGUAGCUGCCAUCAGCGUUCACCUUUUGGGAAGCGAUGGGGCGGAGCUUCAUGUCAGCGAGCCAAUCGGUGUGAGCAUUCCUCUGCCUGCCAAUAGCGGCUUGAAGGAGAAUGACCAUAUUCCUGCCUGGAGGUUCGACCCCAAACUCGGAGCCUGGUUGAAGAGCAGUUUGGGCUACGUGCAGAGAGAAGGAGGAGGUGAGCUCAUCCUGACCUAUAUCGCCCCUCAGCUUGGUUACUGGGUAGCAGCCAUGUCUCCGAUAAACACAGGACCUGUGGUUGCAAAGGACAUCAGCACGUACCACACUGUGUUCCUUUUGGCCAUACUGGGAGGCAUGGCGCUCAUCCUGCUCUUCCUCAUCUGUCUUCUCUUCUAUUACUGCAGGAGAAAGUGCUCACGCUCGAGACGAGCUCACCAGAAGUACACCCUCACCUCAUCUCUGGACAGCUCCAAACGAGACCAGGCUACGUCCAUGUCUCACCUCAACCUCAUCAACGAGGCCCAACUGGAACACGUGGGGGUGGAACCAGACCUGCACACCCCCAUGCUGAAAGCCGCGCCUCAUGAAUCAUCCACCAAUGAGCUAGUGUCGUCUCGGAACGAGCUCGGGAGUCGCUCCCAGCGUGAAUAUCGCCGCAGCUACACCUCCAUCGUCUCCUCAACCGUCCAUCCUCUGCACGCGUCUGCUUCGUCCUCAUCCCCGUACCCGCUGCACCACGCUGCCUCAGCAGGCCGCCUUUCAUCAGAGAGCAAGGCCAUUCCAUGUGAGCACCGCCUGUCUCCAUCCACAACUUCACCCACAACUUCGCCAGAAAGGGAUCUGGGGGCGGAGCAUCGUCCAUCUGACUUCCUGCUCUCACGCUCGGUGGAUCAGCUAGAACGCCCCCCAGGCCUUUUGCCCCGCCCUGGAGCACUGCUGUGCUGCACAUCGGAGCUCCAGGUAAGCCAGGGCGGAGCCGGAUAUCAGAAAGGCCGUCCCACUUUGCUAAUCCCCGCCCACUACAUGCGGCUGCCUGGGACGCACCCUCUCUCAGGACAAGCGCUUCUGCUCCAGUCAGACGAGCGGAGCGAGCUCGAGAGCAUCCGUGCAGAGCUUAAUGCAUCCCAUCAGCCUCAAGCUGAAGUGGGGCAAGUGGACCACAUGGGCAAAGGGGUGGAGGAGGGGAAAGCAGGAGCGAGGGAGGCAGCAGAAGGGACAGUGGAGGAGUGGACGGCAGCGCUACCCGAAGCCUUGUCUAUCCCCAACUCGCUGAGUGAGGCGGCGCUCGGGGUGGUGCAGAUGAACGGAGAAGAUCAGCUACUGGCUGAGAAGACCUUAAUGGAACUGAGGGGUGGGAAGCCCCUCCCACACCCACGAGCCUGGUUUGUGUCACUGGACGGCCGCUCGAACGCGCACAUCCGCCAUUCUUACAUCGAUCUGCAGAGGGCAGCGCAUGGCAACAACUCUGUGGGCAGCAACGAUGCCAGUCUGGACUCGGGCGUAGACGUGAGCGACAUCACGCCAGGCCGCAAGCCCAAAGGUCAGGAAAAGGCCCAGGUUAUGUCACCCAGUGUGACAUGCACAUCACUGGUAUUUGUGGAGGGUAAUAAGGUUAAUCCUAAUGCGAAAGCUGAUUCAGAACCCAAUGAGAUUGAGAGCCAAACUCCUGCCUGCAGUCCGGAAGAAAACUCGCUCAGGCUGUUGUUGCCCAAAUCUGAGAUCAAAGAAGAGACUAUAAUCCCGCCUUCACCUCCGCUGCUACCCACUCCUCCACUCCCAUCCCCUCCUUCGCUCCCAGAUCCUACCAUCGAGGAAGAAAAGUCAAGAGGAGACAAGGAACAGAUAGUGAGGACUGAGCGUGCCCAAACGCACCUUAAGCUUCCCUCGAGCAACAGCGCCCCGGAUGGUUUGGCUGCACCCGAGGACGUUGACGAGAACAAGAAGAGUCCGUGGCAGAAGCGCGAGGAGAGGCCACUGCUUGCCUUUAACCUCAAAUGACCCCUGACUUUUGGCCUUUUUGUCCCGUGGAAUUGGUUUUGGCUGAAGGGUCAAAUUUUGGGUCUCUGACUUUUUGAAAUCGAUAACAGCUUCCAGGAAUUUGCUUGUGUCCGAACAGAAAGCACUCUGCGAAACCCAUUUAUGCACAACAGCUAUGCCUUUGUAAACAAACUGCAAACGAAAGCCAUUGUAUGAAGGUGAGAUGUUUAGCUUUAUAAACUGCUGCUGGUGUUCAGGUAAGCAAUAGGAUCUUCAACUGGCAGCAUACAGCACUGAGCACUGCGUCUCGUCCACAAAUGUUUCUUCACGUGUUCGUUCACUGUGUCCCAGCACUUAGCUGAACAAAACCACUCAAUCACGGAUUAGCGGAAAGUCUUCCUUGAGUUAAUCUGACUGAAAAUUACGUCUGUAAAGUUUGUGUGUCCUGUGGUUUCAGUCUCUCCAGCGGGUGUUUUGUUUUUGUUUUUUUUGUUUAGUUUAGUUUUUUUCCUGUUUUUUUCAGUGCAUCAGAGGUGAGUUUUGAAUCAUUGGCAUCAAUCAAAUGCAGUAUUUCCUCAGAAUGAUAAUCCAGUCGUUGUAUCCACUGUAGCAUCUGUGAACUUCCUGUUCCUUGAGACUAGAGACACGCCCAGCUAUGCAUUGCUUCAAUUCUGUUUUUUUUUUUAUUUUUAUUAUUUGAAACCGUAUUACGUGUUUUUCAUUAUUGUAUUCACUGUUUUGUUUUUUGUUUUAUUUUAAACACAAUUUAAGUGAAUAUUUUAUUCAGCUAAAGUAGUUGUUUUUCUUUGCUCAUCUCUCUCUCACACUCGCACACGAAAUGCUCCGUCUGUCUGAAGUGCCUAUGUAGCAGAUGCGUUAAUUUACAAUCCUCACAUCUCCUCGCAGAUUAGAUUCUAUCACGUAUCUAUGCUUUUGUUUUUUUGUUUUUUUAAUGUAGUGUAUAAACAUUGUGUGCAUUUGUAUGUGUACAGUGUGUGAAUGAUGUGUCUCAACUGUGCAUUUCUCCACCUGUGGAGAACAAGUGCAUAUUUCAGAGUGUGUCUUUUGGGAGUUUGUGUAUGAAUCAAUAUGCUACACUUGUUUGCGGUUGUCGCUCCUUGGCCAAAUGCAAUGUUUUUGUGCGUGUGUGUUUUGUGUGAGAGAAAAAGACAUUGUAUGAAUAUGAAAGCUGUCCAUGAUGCCCUUUUAUAACUGUGACUUAACCACUUUGCAAUCACUUCACCAACAAUCUCCUUUUGAAUGUCUGGAGUCGUCGCUUACACUCUUAGAAAAUAAAGUACGUUAUUGUACUCCAAAACGUACAAUAAGCUUGUCACUGA